AUGAGUCCGAAAACUACUCGAAAAGCGAACAUUUCAAUAGAUUUCACCAAUCUAGGAGACGGGUUGACAUCGAUAUCUUGCGGGCAUAUUGUUGUCGAGUUAAUAAAAUUUUUAGUUUACCAAAGGACUCAAAUUCCUUACACGUAUCCCUGGCUUAAACAACUUAUUAACAGUAAGAAAAACAGUGAAAGUGAAAAAGAUAGUUAUCAAUCUGAAAGACAUUUUUUUGUAGCAUCGACUGCUUUAAGUAAUCUAGAUUUUGUUAUAAAAAGUCUUUUAAAAGAAAUUGAAGGAGCAGCGCAACCGCAAGAAGUUUGUGUAGCAUUUGGUGCUACACCUAUCACUUGUAAGGAAAUGUAUCGUCUUCUGCUGCCAGCUGUGUGUCACAAACUACAAUGCCAUUCUGCACAUAUUGCAUCAGAUAGAAAAAUAAAAGACACAGUAUUUAGAACUUUGGUGACGUCAGAUAAGCUGUAUAGUGAAAACAUUUUCUUAGAGACUUUAUCGCCUACAAAUAUGUAUGUGUUUAUAAAAAAAGUACCAAUGACAAAUCAGCAAGCUGUAUGCAAUGACACUUUCGUUCAAGUAACAAAUGGAUAUAGGAUACCGCGAAGCUGUAAAAUAAUUACAUUUAACUUUAAAGGAGGAAAUCAAGAGAAAACUGCCUGCUGUAAUGAUUUUCAAAUAUUUGGCGAUGUACUAAAUCAGGACUUGUCAAAAAUGAGCAUUAGUGAUGAUGAGUUUAAUGAAAUCGAAUCGACUGAUAAAGCCAUCUGGUUUCAAUCCACAUAUGUGAUGAAAGGAUUUAAGGACUGUGUUGUUAAAGACCAAUCAAUAACUAAUACCUGGCUCGCUAGUUAA